UCAGUUAUAAAAGAUUGAACGAAACGGACGUAUCCACCUUCAGAGCUGCGUCCUUCUGUCAGCCAAGUGUUUUCUCCAGGGCCCACAAUCUUCAACAUGAAGCUUCUUAUUCUCAUCCUUGUUCUUGCUGUCUGCUCGGCUAUGGUUGUGGGAAAAGGAAGAAAACAGACAAACCUGAUGUUAAACUUGAUAGCGUUGCUGCUUCCGGAGGCAGAGAGGAAAGAUCAGCUGACAGCGAUGGCUACGCCGCCUCCUUCGCUCCCGGGGUCAGAGAGGAAAGGUCAGCUGACAGCGAUGACUACGCCGCCUCCUUCGCUCCCGGGGUCAGAGGGGAAAGGUCAGCUGACAGCGAUGACUACGCCGCCUCCUUCGCUCCCGGGAGUCAGAGGGGAAAGGUCAGCUGACAGCGAUGACUACGCCGCCUCCUUCGCUCCCGGGGUCAGAGGGGAAAGGUCAGCUGACAGCGAUGACUACGCCGCCUCCUUCGCUCCCGGGGUCAGAGGGGAAAGGUCAGCUGACAGCGAUGACUACGCCGCCUCCUUCGCUCCCGGGGUCAGAGGGGAAAGGUCAGCUGACAGCGAUGACUACGCCGCCUCCUUCGCUCCCGGGGUCAGAGGGGAAAGGUCAGCUGAAAGUGUUGAAAACGAGAGUCAAGAAGAUCACCGUUAAGAGAUCAGAGAUCAAGGUGCCAAAGGAUGAAGACGACGACUGCCUUUUUUUUUAGAUUAUUUGCGAUGAUAAAAGCGAUACGUUCAUGCUUCUUUAUUCAAAAUGCCUUUCGCCUGCUUCCUUUUUUUGUAUUUCGUCUCCUUUCUUCCUUUGCUCCUGCGGGAGCUUUUCUCUCUAAUUCCUGGAGCUGUUUGCUAACUUCACAGUCUUUUUUCAUGACAUCAGCAAAGUUUGAUCGUGUACACCAAUUCUUGCUUAAAAUGUGUUGAAAAUUUGUAAUCUGUAAUUAGACAAGACGAUAUGUUAUUUACUUUUUUAAUUUACUUUUUUUCAGGGAUCAUUGAGCUCUUAUGAACACCACAGAGAAAAUCAGUGUUAACGUAUCACGCACUUUGUCAUCUCCUCAUUUGUCUUUACAUUUUUAUUAGUGUUUAAGAUUUUAGUUGACAUUUUUUUAUUCUGUUAGUAAAUUCUCAUUAAAUCAAUUCAAAGCAUUUCAAAA